ACCCCUUUUCUCUAUCGGCAGCACUGAAUGGCUAUCGAUACCAAACACACACACACACACACACUACUGUGUGUGUUUCGUUGGCCGAUGGUUCUCCGAUGAAGCGUUUCUUUGGCUUGCUGUUGGAGCGACUCGUGAUUGUGUCUAAGAACCUCAAACUGAGUCAGUGCAGGAAACGGAAGAAGAAGGAGGAGAAGGAGGAGAAGCUCAGAACCAGGAGCAACACACCGCCGGUGAUCCUGACGGUUUACCUCAAUGACACCCAGCAGAUGCUAACUGAGGUCCCUGUUACUCCGGCAACCAGAGUGAUUGACGUUGUCGAAUACUGCAAAGAGGCCGGGGAGGGGGAGUGUCACCUCGCGGAGGUAUGGAGUGGGCAUGAGCGAGUUCUCCCUCAGGAGGUCUUAUUGUUGGACCUGCUGCAGCAGUGGGGAGCCAGGAGGCCAGAGGUCAGCUUCUACCUCCGACACUGCCCCUCCUGGACACAAGCAGGAAGUCCGCAGCCUCUGGAGCAGAGCUGGACCUCAGAGUCAACAGAGAGCGCUGAUGACAAGGUACCCCGUGUGGAGCUGACCCUCUCCGAGCUCCAGGAAAUGGCCACAAGACAACAGCAACAAAUAGAGGCUCAGCAACAGAUGUUGGUCGCCAAGGAGCAGAGACUGAGGUACCUUCACCAGGGAGGCAGAUCCAAUCAGGGACAGACGCAGUCUGAAGCUGAGAAGCUGCAGCGGCUGAAGGAGCGAGUGGAGACUCAGGAGGCCAAGCUAAAGAAAAUCCGAGCCAUGAGGGGACAAGUGGACUACAGCAAACUGAUCAACGGGAACCUCUCUGCAGAGAUCAACCAUGUCAGCAGCCUGUUUCAGGAGAAGCAGGCGGAGCUGCAGUCCGCUGUGGUCCGAGUCGACCAGUUAACCCAGCAGCUGGAGGAUUUGAGGAGGGGUCGCCUUCAGCUCGCGCCGGCUCAGGGGCCACACAGCGGGUCCCAGGGGCCACCAGCUGGCCAGAAAGGGUCACCCCUGUCCGGUCCCGCCGCCCUGGAGCUGAGGAAACUCUACCAGGAGCUGCAGACUCGCAACCGCCACAACCUGGAGCAGAGCGGCAAGCUGGCCCAGAACAAGGAGCUGCUGAACAAGAAGAACGCCCAGGUGACGGCGAUGGACCAGCGCCUCGGAGACCUGAGGGAGCGACUGCAUAAGAAGAGAGCGGAAUUGAGCCGCAUGAAUGGAGGCGGCCCGUCCUCGCCGCAGACCUCUUCCCUCCCAGCUGCUGGAGUUUCGGGGCGAGUGGCGGCCGUCUGCCCCUACAUCCAGGUUCCAGCGGAGGGGAGACAGGAGGCGGGUUACACCCUGCCGGCGGACCCGCCGCCCAAACCCACGCCGCUCUGCCACAUCCGCUCCCUCUCCGAAGAGGACAGAAGUGGCAGCAGGAAGACUCCCGGCCAAUGGAAAGAGUCCGAUUUAGACAUCGUCCUGUCCGAGCCCACCGAGACGUGGGCGGGACCUCGGUCCCCUCAGGGGGGCGGCGGUAACAACACUUCUGAGGCGUCGUGGCCGAGCAUCAGUAAGAACGCGUCGGAUUGGAGGACCAACCGUCCAGAACAGCUUCCCUCUGGUUAUGGUACGUACCCCAGUGCCACCCACCAGGUGGCGGGGCACCACUGCGCCACCAGCUCCCUGCCCCGUUCGGCCCCCGGUACGCUGGGCUGGCCCCGGUCCAAUGCUGUGAAUGCCUCGCCGUACUCAUCGUCUUCUGCUUUACAGCAAAUACAGCAGCGGAUCUCCAUCUCUCCAAGUUCACCUCAAGGCUCCACCUCCCAUUCAUCUCCCUUGUCCCCACAAACAGAGCGAACAGACCCCCCUCCAGCAGUGGCUGUACGUCCCUAUGUCCCGGACCACCCCUCCAGACCCCAGUCCCCCAGGAAGGGCCCCGCCACUAUGAACAGCAGCUCCAUCUACAGCAUGUACCUCCAGCAGCCUCAGGCCAAAAACUAUGGCUCUCUCAGCAACAGGACGACGGUCAAAGCAGUCUACGGUAAACCCAUCCUCCCGACCUCCUCCACCUCUCCGUCCCCUGUCCCUUUCCUCCAGGUGGGAGGAGGAGGGCGAGCAGGAGGAGAGGAUGUCACGGAUAAAGAAGGAAGGAAAGGAGGAGGCGAGAGCAGCGAUGGGCAAAGCCUCCCACCGCCCACUGUGGACAACAUCCCUCGCCCCCUCAGUCCCACUAAGCUCACCCCAGUUGCCCACUCCCAGCUGCGCUACCAGAGUGACGCCGACCUGGAGGUCCUCCGCCGUCGCCUCAGCAACGCUCCACGACCCUUGAAGAAGCGGAGCUCGAUCACCGAGCCUGAGGGCCCUCAGGGGCCAAACAUCCAAAAACUGCUGUACCAGAGGUUCAACACCUUGGCAGGAGGCAUGGAAGGAGGCUCAGGCAAUACUUUCUACCAGCCGGACUGCCUUUUGGGGGAAAUGGACAACAUCCACUCGGCUAAUGGAAACGUAGAAGCUGGUGACAAGCACGGCGGCGUGGGAACCGCGGCAGGCGAGGUGCAGAACCUGAACGCGAGCUCCCGCCGCUUGUCCCCUCCUUCUGUCGCUAUAGAAACCCCCAAAGAGACGGCGGCAAACGUAGAUACCGCCGUUGCCGCGUCUCCGCCGGCCCAAACCAGGCCGGCCUCGUCCCCCGAGAGGCCGGAGGACCAGAACAAUAACAACAAGAGGGGAUCCAAUCCUGCACAGGACUCUAUCGGCCACGCCUCCCCUUCUCCGUCACCUCCUGCCCCCCCCUCGCUGCCUAAGGCGAAGCGAACCAACCUGAAGAAGCCGUCGUCGGAGCGAACCGGCCACGGUCUGAGAGUGAAGUUUAACCCUCUGGCUCUGCUGCUGGACGCGUCGCUGGAGGGGGAGUUUGAUCUGGUGCAGAGGAUUAUAUAUGAGGUGGAAAACCCCAGUAUGCCCAACGACGAGGGCAUAACUCCUCUCCACAACGCCGUCUGCGCCGGCCACCACCACAUCGUUAAGUUCCUGCUGGACUUCGGAGUCAACGUGAAUGCAGCCGACAGUGACGGAUGGACUCCUCUGCAUUGCGCGGCCUCGUGUAACAGCGUCCACCUCUGUAAGAUGCUGGUGGAGUCGGGGGCCGCCAUCUUCGCCACGACAAUCAGCGACGUCGAAACUGCGGCAGACAAAUGUGAAGAAAUGGAGGAGGGCUACGCGCAGUGUUCUCAGUUCCUCUACGGUGUUCAAGAGAAGUUGGGUGUGAUGAACAAAGGCUUGGUCUUCACGCUCUGGGACUACACGGCCCAGCAAGCCGACGAGCUGUCCUUCAGCGAGGGGGACGCCUUCACCGUGCUGCGGCGGCGUGACGACACGGAGACGGAGUGGUGGUGGGCGCGGCUUAACGACCACGAGGGAUACAUACCCAGAAACCUGCUGGGGCUGUAUCCAAGGAUCAAACCCAGACAACGCUCACUGGCGUGAAGCCCAGAUCGGGAGCCGCCGAGGGCGCACGCACGCGGAGCAGAAGAGGAGCAGCGGCAUGUGGGUGUAAGCAUGAGCUGGGAAAAAAGAACAAAGGAUGGAGGUAGUCGGGAGGCAGACGGAGGAAAAACAAAGCCGGAGCGCACGACUCUCACGAAGCAACGUUUUCAACGUUCGUUCGGACGCCACGCUGGAACCACGGAGCCACUUUAUGCUAGAAUCACACAUGAAUAUAUUUUCACUGAGUUGCUGCAGUAAAAAAAAAAUGAAUUGCCUGGAUCUUAUUUAUAGAGUUCAGCCGCAUGAGAGAAGCUGAAUAGAGAAAAAAAGGAAAGAAUAUUUUUAUCGCUUUGGGCUCCUCGAGGGCAGAACAUGAAAACAUGAGCGUGGCUCCUACGAGGCCUCUCUCUAUCUGACGUCCAUCCCCAUGACGCCACUUUACUUUUAUACGGUGUACCAGGUGGACCUUCGUGAAGCCCAUCCGACCGCAUGGCAAGGAACAUGGCUGGGGGGGGGCUUUAAGUGCAGUACAGUUACAGGGAGGAUCAGAUGAAAGUAUGAGUAAGUGUGAGAUGGGAAGUCGGUAGGGAGGAAGGUGACAGGAGAGAGACGUGUAGAUUUGUGUUAAAGGAAGUGUUCAGGUUGUAAGCGGAGCAGCUGUUAGCUGGACAGGAAUAACGAUGGAAGUGUGACCCCCCCCCCCCCCCCCCUCAAGACUCAGAAACUAAACCCGGCCAGCUUCAAUGCAUGGUGGCUCUGGGCCACAGCAACCCACGCGAGCACGAAAAGAUGCUGACACUAGAUUAAUGUCACGGCAUGGUAAAGAAGACGUGUUUUUGUUUGAACUGACAUCAGAGGACUAUUUUCGAUUCGGAUGCAUCGCAAAAUGAUAAAAGAAGCAUCUGUGAGUGGUUUGGGAUGCCUCAACCUGCACUGCAGUCUAUUGACGUCGACUCGGCGGCGGUGCAUGCGCGCCACGGCAACAUCUGUGCAGCGGCAACGUGGCGGUUGCUGCUGCGAGAUGAGGAAAGGUGGAGGGAAGAAGAAAGUGAGAAAAAAGUGUUUGUGAAAGGAUUUCGUGAAACCAAAGCAGCUAGAACAUGGGGAAGAGGAUGAGUCAAACCUCUGCCCAUUAACACCUAGUCCAGACGAGGGCCUGGCACAUGUUGUCCUCAUGCCAGGUGGUACCGGUACCAGCCUCUAACAUUAACUAUAGGAUAAAACCGCUCUGCACAUUUUAAACAAACCUGAGUUUAGAAUGUUGGAAAUAUGCUGUAUGCAUUAUCCCUGGGCUAACUGCUUCGGUGUUACAAUGGGGCUCAAUUAGCCGAGAGUGGUGACGCCGCUCAGUGCUGCCCUCCAGUGUACAGAAAGGGUUAUGACACAAAGCCUUGUUUCCUUAGGAGGGGCAAAGGGAUGAGUGACGUUUGAAGUGUAAAUGCCACAUUGGUGUGAGGAGUGGAGAACCAUUCAUUUCAUUUGUGUAUAUGCAACCUGUAACUAUUCAUUUAAUGUAUUAUAAUAAUAAUAAAGAUAUAAUCCCUACAAUGAA